AUGGUGGGGAAUCGGACCCAUGCUUCUAAGUCACCGGUGCAACGACUGUAUGCCAGUCUAGACAGUGUGGCUUGUUUGGCAUUAAAUAUGAGCCUCUUCCCUCACUUGCUAGUCAGCUCCACCACGGAUCGAAGUGUACUGCCCGCCCUCCUUCACUUUAUCGGCUUACUUCACUCUGGCCUAGGCUUCCAGAGCCUGGCAUCGAGUCGAGAUUACGGAAGUUUUCAUUUCGCCUCUACGGUCAGCGCCCUUUUAACGGAACUCGAGUCCAAGACGCCUAUGCAAGAGUAUUUUUUCAACUUUUCAUUGUAUACACUUUUUCCCGUGCAAGACGGUUUAUAUAUGAAUUGUUAUCCGGCCUCCUUUCUGGGAAUCCGUCGGGAUGGCUGGAAGAGAACAAGUUUGCUCAGAAGCACUUCACUUGAUCUCAUCGGGGCAUCGAAGCAUCGAAGCAUCGAGGCAUUGAGGUCAGUGGCGAAUAGAGAUGACUCCUUCGUCGAAUUCCUCAACUCGAACCACAGCAAUCACAGAGCCGAAUCAGGCUGCCGGCCCUUAUGGAACCUGGGCGAGCUGAAGCUUCGCGUAGACAGGCGACGCCUGAUUCGAUCAGACCCUCCCAAUCCUAGCAAUGUCCUCCCAUCCCUUCUCAGUAGUCAAGAGAAUGAGCCAAACGCCCAAGCCCUCUUCGUCUGCGCCGACUGUCGACUGUUGUCUGCUUCUUUUGACCGCUCCAAAGAGUGCACGUCUGCCCUGCCAGCCAACGGCACCGUCUUCUCCUCGCGACGUCAGUUAGACGAGAAAAGCCUUGCACGAUUUCAGAGGUUACGCUCCAUACGAUAA